GCCUAACGCGUCUGAGUGACCCACCGCGGCCCCAGGAGUGUGCCCGAUGACCCGAAAUCCUGAACUAAAUCACGUUUGAUGCAGAACCACUUGUUCAAAAGAAAGAUGUCUCUCCUGUCCGCAGGAUCGCACUGCUCGCCAUGUCGCCAACCCACAAUACUCGACUCGUGCUCGCAGAGCGGCCGACCGCGCAGGUGAUGCCCUCGACAUUCCGUCGGGAGGUCGUGCCGUUCGACUUCAAAGCGGGUCCCGGGGAGGUCCUCGUCAAGGUUGAAUAUGUCUCGAUUGACCCGGCCAUGCGAAGCUGGUUGAACGACCGGAGGAAUUACAUCGAGCCCGUGAAGAUUGGCGAGGUUAUGAGGGCUUUCGGGUUGGGUGAGGUCGUCCAGGCGGGUGAAGGGAGCGGGUUUACUCCGGGCGACCGCGUUGCCGGUGUGCUCGGGUGGCAAGAGUAUGUUGUGUUGAAGAACACGGCGGUGCGAAAGGUGGUCGUGCCUCGCGGGGCAGAAUACCUGGACUUCUUGGGGCCGCUGAGUAUGACUGUGAAGCCUGGCGAGACCCUUGUCGUCUCCGGCGCAGCAGGCGCGACAGGCUCUAUUGUCUGCCAGAUCGGCAAGCAGAAGGGCGCGAAGGUCUACGCCAUCGCCGGGUCGCAAGAGAAGUGCGAAUGGCUUGAGAAAGAGCUCGGCGUGGACAAGGCCCUGAACUACAAGAGCCCGACGUUCCACGACGAGUUCAAGAAGCACGUUGGCUUUUUCGACGUGUUUUUCGACAACGUGGGUGGAGAGAUCCUGGAUUUCUCAUUGACGAGGAUGAAGAAGAAUGCUCGGAUCGUGCUUUGUGGUGAGUGUCGAUUCUACAAAGCAUACCUGAACGGAAAGCCCAGAGGAUUGACCGGAUAUCUCAACCUCAUCUCUCAGCGGGCGAACAUGGAGGGUUUAUCAUGUGCCUUCGACCACGCCGACCGCUUCCCAGCUGCCCUGCAGUAUCUCGGCGAGAGGCUGCAAGACGGCAGUCUCGAAGGCGCACCUUCAGCGAUGAACCUGCUGUUCACAGGUGGCAAUACAGGUAAACUGUGGUACAUUCACUGACCUAUUCAUUUUACAUGGGCUACAUCACUGAUCUUUGACAAAGUGUUGUGAAGAUUGCGAGAGAUUCGAGGCGAAGCUCUGAUCAUGUCAGUGACCUCGUGUUAAAUACAUUCGAGUCUACUCAGGGAACUUGGAUGUGCGCUCAGUAUGGUGGCCUGUGC